GAUGAUAACAUUCACCUGCAGAGUAAACUCAUGACAACUAACAACAGGACAGCUACAGGACAGACUACUGAAAAACAGGAGCUUCCAGACUGAUGUUGAUCGAACACAAAUUUAAGGAAAAACACAGAACAAAGUAAACGAAGCGUAACUUCAAGACACAUUUCUACAAGAGGACGUCAAUCACACUGGAUUUUUUUUUAUUGUUUUAAAGUGAAAAUGGCACACUAUUUGGAGGAUGAUCUCUCCUGUCCUAUCUGUCAGGACAUCUUUAAGGAUCCUGUAGUCCUGACGUGCAGCCACAGCUUCUGUAACGACUGUCUGAAGCGCUGGUGGAGAGAGAAACAAACACAGGAGUGUCCUCUUUGUAAGAGGAGAUCACCAAGGAGGGAUCCACCUCGUAACUUGGCGUUAAAGAACGUGUGUGAGGCUUUGCCACUGCAGAGAGAGCAGAGAUCUCCAGCUGAAUCUGCAACUCUCUGCAGUCUGCACUCUGAGAAACUCAAACUCUUCUGUCUUGAUCACCAGAAGCCAGUGUGUAUUGUUUGCAAAGAGUCAAAAACACACAAAGAGCACAGAUUCACACCCAUUGAUGAAGCUGCACAGGAUCACAAAGAGGAGCUCCAGAAAUCUCUGAAGCCCUUACAGGAGAUACUGAUGAUCUUUAAAGAUGUUAAAGGAAACUGUGAUCAAACAGCAGAAUACAUUAAGGUCCAGGCCAGAGACACAGAGAAGGAGAUUAAAGAGCAGUUUAAGAAGCUUCGCCAGUUUAUGAAAGAUGAAGAGGAGGUGGAGGAAACGGUCUCCUUCACUCCUGUGAUUCUGGAUCCAAACACUGCUCAUCCACACCUAAUCCUGUCUGAAGAUCUGACCAGUGUGAGAUGUGGAGAAGGACAGAAACUUCCUGAAAAUCCAGAGAGGAACAAAGGUAUCACUGUACAGGGCUCUGAAGGCUUUAAAUCAGGCAAACACAGCUGGGAUGUUGAGGUUGGAGACAAUGCAGACUGGAUGCUUGGAGUUGUAAAUGAGUUUGAAAGUUGGGGAAUUAUUUUUUGUGGUGGUGAAUACAGAGUUGUAUCUCGACCAGAUCAAAAAGUUGUUCUCCAAGUUAGGAAGAAGCUGCAGAAGAUCAGAGUUCAGCUGGACUUCGACGGGAGAAAACUGUCAUUCUCUGAUCUUGAUGCUGGAGGAGACAUACACACCUUCACAGAGACUUUCACUGGGAAGUUGUUUCCAUGCAUUGGUAGUAGGGAUAAACUGCCAAUUAGGAUUUUACCAGAGGAGGGGGAGGAUGAUGAAUGUGGUGACAAAGGCAGUGAUAGUGAAGAUGAUUCUAGUGAUGAUUCAGAAACCAAUGAUUAUGACGAUGAUGACGAUGAUGAUGAUUAA